UUCCAGAUGGUCUUAAAGAUGUUCAUACGGUUACAACUUUCAGCACAUUAAAAGCCGCAUUUACAAAUAAUCUAGGUUCUCAUAAGUUUUAUUUAAUGAAUCAGAAUUAUCUUGAUAAUGAUGGUCUUAUAAAGUUUCAAAUUAGGGGAAAGUGGUUUUGUCUAAUAUCAGAUCCAGUUUUUGUAAAAGAUAUAUUCUUACGACCUGACGUUUUUCCAAAACUUACUUUUGAGGAAUUUUUACCAAAUUCUGCACUUUCGCGUUAUUACGGCAUUAAUGUUUUUCAUUCUAAUGGUGAUGUUUGGAAACGACAGAGACGUAUAUGUAAUCUCGCAUUUAAGGUUUUGCCUGUACAUUUAUUCGUUGAAACAGGAUUAAAAUUGAUGAAUAUCUUGGAACAAAUUGAUAAUAAGCCUAUUGAAGUUGUGGAACUUAUGCAAAGAUUUACCAUGGAUGUUCUUGGAAAAACUGUCUUUGAUUUUGACUUUAAUAAUCUUGAAGAACCAACCAAUGACUAUGUAAUAGCAUAUAAUGAACUUCAGGAAGAACUUAAAAGUAUGGUAUUUACACUUCUUCCAUUAGAUCGCAUUCCGUAUUUUAGGAAUAAACGUCUUAGUAAGGUUGAGAGAUUGGAAAAGUUGUUUGAUGAAAUGAUUGAAAAGAAACAUAAAUCUAUAGCCGCUGGAAGAUCUAAUGGCGACCUUUUAGAACUUAUGAUAAAAGCUUGCAAUGAUCAAGAUAAUCCAAGAUUAACUGAUAUUGAAUUAAGA